GUAAACGAUUCAUUUGACUUGCACAAGGAGCUUUCCUUACUAUUCCAGUCAGCUGCACGAGAAUCUUGCGGGAGCUAUCUGUCGAUCGCUAGCUUAGUCACCGUCAGUUGUGGAGCAUUGAUUCUCGCGAUCAUAAUAUAUUUGGCGCUUCAAUUCCUGACAAAGAAAGGAAGUGACCCGGAGGAAAUGACAAACAUUCUGCGCGGACUUCCAAGCCAAGUUUCUAUGAUGGCGUUGGAUCACUGCUACUUCACCCCAGACCUGGUUGUACCCGAUGGCUGUGAAUGCGUCCUCUACCUUCUGGCAAGACCCAAACGGGGGCAGCCGUAUGACGUGCUGGACAGCAGCGGAGGUGUGGUGCUUCGAAUCGCUGACCCACAGCCAGUGAAUCCUGUUCUUCGCCGAGCGCUUCUGAGCAGUAGCAAUAUGGAGUUGGCACAGAUCAUUUGCAGUGAAAGCCUUUCUCCAAAGCCAGAAGUGGUUCGAUUUCAGUUGCUGAAUGGGAACCAGGACUGCUGGGCAACUUUGACGUACGAAGUUGGCCGGGAAUCCACAGAGGAUAAGUGCAUCAUUGAGAGGCCGCGGCAGAUGUUCUAUUUUUUCGGAUCCUUUCAACAUGGCUCCCUGAAUAUGACCGACUCCUUUGGCCGACUAUUGGCCACCACAGCACCCUGUGCACCCAUGGUGCGAGGGGAGGCGCUUCGACUGCGUUGUGCACCUGCAACAGAUGUGGGUCUGGCAGUAUGUGCGCUGAUGUGCAUGCAAGCGGUUGCUCAGUGA